AGGAAAGUAGCAAUGAAAAUACCAACAAAGACAUUUCGGCACCUUCAACAUUCUCAGAUAUUCCGAAACCCACUCUCACCGCUUAUCGCGACUCUGAGAUUUUACUUAGGACUGUAAAGGACAUUAGUCUUGAUAAAAACAACCGGAAUCAUGUAUGUCGCGUGCUAAUUGACAGUAGUUCGCAAACUCAUUUUAUAACUCAUCGUCUCACCAAGAGAUUGGACUCGGACAAACAUAAAAUAAAUCUUUCAUUGUCGGGCCUAGGACAAUUAAAAACAAGUUCGGAUUAUUCCGUGACCACGCGUAUAAGGUCAAUUAGCAGCUCAUUCGAGACAAAAAUUAAAUUCCUCGCGCUCCCGGUAAUUACAGGUCUCUUACCAUUACAACGGAUAAGCCCUGAUCAGCUAAGCAUUCCCGUCAACAUAAAAUUAGCCGAUCCGAACUUCUUUGAGCCAAGGGAGAUAGACGCACUUAUCGGAAAUACAUUGUUUUACGACUUGCUGAACUCCGGUCAAGUUAAACUAGCCAAUAGUUCUAUUAUUCUCCAAAACACUCUCUUAGGGUGGAUUGUUACGGACGAAAUCAAGGCCCAACAACAUCCCACACAAAGGAGAGCGCAUAAGAUGUGCCACCUAGUCACAUCUCUAGAUGAUCAGCUCAGUAGGUUUUGGUCCAUCGAGGAAACGCCAGAGAAACAAUAUCUUUACGAUGAAGAGGCGUCAUGUGAAAGACAUUUUGUCGAAAAUGUAUCGCGCGAUAGCCAGGGCCGAUGUAAAGGAG